AUGACAAAUGUCAGUCCACAUUUGGUCUUCAAAAACGGCGUCAAUCCAACCCUCUGGCCACAAGACGUACCGUUCCCGCCAGACGAAGGAAAAGAAGAAGUUCAAUCGACUUACGGAGACGGAGAUAACUCCGACAGAGCAUCAUGCUUUUCGCCCAAUGGCCUCGCUGGCAACCUUCAAUAUCCAGCUUACUUCAAGGAUGCGAAAGGGAUGAACCAUGCCGUCUUUGGAGGAGGGACGAACUUCGGAGCUUUGCAAUACCUCAAGCAGCAGCAACCUGGAAAAGGUUUACCAGAUGUGAUACAACACGGCAGAUCCGCAGGUAUAAACACAAAUUCAUUUUUAAAAUAG